CCCGAUAGCCCCCUUCCCCUUCCCGAUCAGCCCCUUCUUAGCCCCCCUCCCGUUCCCGACAGCCCCCUUCCCAUCCACUUCCCAUUCCUGACCAGUCUCCCUUCUCCGUCCAUUCCUAAAUAGCUUGAAUCCCUCCAGAAAUUUCAGAUCUGAGUAAAUCAAGGUCAAUGUCGGAUUUGCUCAGGCUCAAGGUGGAGGACAAGUUUGCUCCAUCCACCAGAGUCGUCAUCGAGUACCGGAUUUGUCUCAACUACCGAAGCUCGUCGUCGGAUGGAUGAAGGUCGGAGAUGGAAAGCGAAGCUCGAACUACCGCUACGAGUGCCGGCGUCGCUGGCCGUCGACGAUAAAGGACUGGGGCGGCAGGCUAGACACACAGGCUGGAGGCAGGUGCGCCAGUGUUCCGUCCAUUAAGCUUUGUCGCAGAUGGCUUCGUGACUGGAGCUUCUUCGAAGAAAAAACCUGCCCUGCGGAGGAGUUUGGAGGCCGAGAUCUGCGAUGCGCUAAGAGACGGGAGUGAGAUGCAAAUUUAAUAUUUGAGGGCACUUUGGUCUCUACAGCUUUUUUAAUCUCUUUUGUGUCCAUACGUAAAUCAUGUUUAAUUUUGUCAAGUGUAAAGCCCAUUGUCUUACUCUUGUCAUUAUUUCAAUUUUUUAGAGGAAAACUUCGUUCGAGGGUUAGACACUCUCCCUGAGUUGCCCGCUCCGUCGUCUCACAGUCUCACGGCGGCCGGCGCAUCUCUCUUCUCUUCGCUCUUGCCCCGCACUCUCUCAGCUUGCCUCUCUUCGGUUCGAUUCCCAGCAUUUCACCCCAGCAUCCAGUCGUUCCAGCAGUCUUCCUGCCUCAGGCUUUCUGCCGUUCAAUAUGGGCCUUUCAAAUUUACAAGAAGGCUCUUUAUUAGUUUUCAUGAGUGUCUUCAUCAUUUGGCGCCUCCAAUUAUAUUGGCUUUGGCUUGGUUUCAAGAUUAUGGUUGAGCUAGAGUACAACGGAAUGCUUUGUGCACCACGAUUUCUCUGUAUAAUAACAUUGGUAAGAUUACAAUACAUACGGUUCUAAUAAAACUGUAAAGUUAAAGCGAUGACAUAUGGACAUGAGAUUUCUGUUGUGGAUCAACACUAGAAACUUUACCAAACUUAUCUUAUUAUUAAUGCAAUGGUUUCACAUGUCUAUGCUAACUUCAAUGUUCAAGAAUCAAUUGAAAAUCAAAAGAAGUGAAAACUUCUAAAAAGGCAAAGUCUGAUGCAAAUAGACGGAAGAGGAAAAAAAUGUUACUCUAACAAAAGAGAGGUCUAAGACCGGGCUGGACUUCACCAAGGUAGAUCAUCCCAUAAUCAAGAUGAUUGAUGGAAAGAAAAUUGGCGUAGGGAAUACCAAGAGGGCACAAUGUAAGUAUUACCCUACCCACCUUGCUUGUCAUUCUACUAACAAUGGAACUAGUAGUCUUAGAAAACUCAUUGAGCAAGUUUGCCUAGGAUACGGAUGGAGGACAUAUUUGAGUAAGGGUUAGACCCAUUUAUACUUUGAUGGGUCUGAUGAAGAUGUUUUAAACUGGCCUCAAGAAAAUUGUGUCAUUGCUGCUACUGAGAUGAUUGUGAUAGAUGAGCUACCCUUUAAUGCCAUCGAAAGGCCUGGAUUUAAAAGGUUUUGCAGAGUAGCUAUCCCUAAAUUUGUCAUUCUGUGUAAGAAAACCAUUGUAAAAACUUUUUUAAGGAUGUACGAUGCAAAAAAGGCAGAAAAAGGAGCUAAGGAACCAUUGUGUGUGUGUUUGAUAAGUGAUACAUGGACAUCAAUUCAGAACAUAAACUACAUGGUUAUUACGGAUCCAUUCAUUGAUAAUGGUUGGAGAAUGCAUAAGAGAGUGCUUAACUUUUGUCUCAUUCCUAACCAUCAAGGACAAACGAUAGGUAAGAUUCUGGAAUGUUGUUUAUUGCAGUGGGAAUCAAGAGGGUCUUGACUAUUACAAUAGAUAAUGCGUCAGCUAACAAGGUAACAUUUGAUUACAUUCAAAAGAAGUUGUCUAAUAUUGAUCCAUAACAAUUAUUUGGAGGAAUGUUUCUACGUGUGAGGUGCUUAGCUCAUAUUAUAAACCUGAUUGUUAAGUCCGGUUUGCAUAUGUUAUACAAAUCUAUAGCUAACAUUAGAAAUGAAGUUAGAUAUGUUAGAAGCUCUCCAGCUACACUGGAACAUCAAUAAAAUGAAAACCUAAAUGGAAACCUAAACAUCAAUAAAGUGUGUGUUAGACGUUCCAACAAAAUGGAAUUCCACAUACGUCAUGUUGGAUACUGCAUUGCUGGUGAAAACGAGAUUUAAUAGGAUGGCUGAAGAGGAGGAUGUGAGGUGGAGGAGUUACUUUGAUGAGAAUGAAUAUGUAGGUGAGGAAGACAAAGAGUAUGUAGUUGAAUCACCAUGAUGAAGGAUAGGUCCACUGGCUGAAUCAGAUUGGGCCAAAGCUGUUGUCUUUGUGAAGUUUUUGAAAAUAUUGUUUGACGUAACAGUGAUGGUGAGUGCAACAAACCGCCCCACUUCAUCCAAAGCCUUCCAUCACAUGAUUAUGAUUGAGUCAGAGAUUGAGGACUUGUUGAAUGAUACAUUGAUACCGAUUGUCUGUUUUAAGUAUCUUGUUCGUCAUGAUUUUUUUUGGAUAAUAUAAGUUUUCCUUCAUUUCAAAGUUGAAGGGGGUACCGAAGAAGAACACAUGUAUGAGGACUGUCCCACUCCCACAGAUAUUUUGAUCUCCUUAAAUGAGGUGGGAGAUGACAAGUACCCUACUUUAACACCCCACACUCCAUUUGAAAACUUGGAGUGGGAUGGCCUUGGUGAUGAUGUGGUAACUGCCGGUGUAGACAUGAUGGCCCUCGAAGAAGCUAGUAUGAAAGAAGUGAGAAAGAGAAAGAGGUUGCCAUCAAAGUACAUUUACAGCCCAUUCAAAGAGGCCGAAGGUUGGAGGUUACCAUAAGCCCAACUCUACUUUAACUAAGUGAUGAAGAAUGUGAAUCCUUCAAAGCAUGGGUGGAGGAAGAUGCUGAGUUUGAACCGUGCGUACUUGAGAUUGUUAUCCUAUCAUCUUACCCGACAAAUAGGGCCUUCUUCCGAGAGCUGAUUGAUGAAACCGCAUGGCUAAGUCGCCAGCAUUUGGAUGCACUUGUUCUUCUAUUUCGCAAAUGCAUACACGCCGAGGCCUACCAAAUCAUGAGUCCUUUGUUCGCGUACCAACUUUUACAGAAGGAUAUAGUUGACGAUUCACAAUGAAGUGGGAACCGAUUGCUUAGCAGAAUGGACUGGACGCAGUUUGAAAAGGUGUUCAUGCCGUUGCAUAGUGAUGGAAAACACUAGGUGUUGUCUGAAAUUGACUUACUCAAUAAGGUCGUACGGGUAUACGAUUCUAUGAAGACGCGUAGAUUAGUUGGAUCUGUGAGACUUUUGUGUAUGAGACUUCCACUGCUGUUUAAAAAUAUAAAAUGCAACCCCGCUCUUAGCGCCACAGCAGAUUCACACCCUUGGAGAGUGGAGGCAGUGGACAAUGUUCCACAACAUCAACCCGGAUCCGGUGUUUGUGCCGUCAUGGUUAUGGCCUUUGCCGAAGCACUCUUGCAGAAGUUUCCAUUGCUGCCCGAGUGUGCGUAUGAGAACAUGGCAGCAAAAAGAUGUGAAUUCACAAUGAGGCUGUGGAGUUUGAGGAAGCGAUCGAGUUAGACAAGAUUAUUGGAGGAUGAGUUUGGUUGUAAAACAUUUAUGUAACGUUACUAUAUACUCCCUCCAUCCCUAUUAUAUCUUCCAAAUAGGUUUGGCACACAGUUUAAGAUAGUGAGUAUUGUGUGGUGGUGAGUUGUGCAGAGGAGGGACUAGGGAGAAAUGUGUUAAGAAUUGCUAUGAACCAUAAAUUUUGGCCAAAAAGGGAAAGUUGGAAGUUUAUUUAGGGACAGAGGGAGUACAUUUUAUUUUGGUCAUUGUUUGCCUACAUGGAUUUGGUUGUUAAAUGUAGGAGGUUGUACAAUGUUACACUAUCAAUGUUGUACAAUGUCCUAGAAUGUACUCCCAAGGAUUACCAGAAUGGGUGGCAUACACUCUUGGUUUUUGUGACAAUAUAUACGGAUGAUGCAUUUGCUUGUGAAGAAGAAAAACCUUGUAUGUGUUAUACGACUUUGUCUGUG